UCCGUACAGCGAAAUGCCAAUGAGACUUUCUGAGAAGCUGUCACUGUUCAAUCAGCCGCGCAUCUUUAAUGCGGCUAGACCUCUGCCUCCAUAACAUGGAGCCACUUGAAUAGUACAGAUUAUGAUGGCCGGUUAGGAUUGCUGGUGGAGGUCUCUCGUUUUGUAGGGUUUGUUUGGGAAGAGGGGUUUAUUGUUUUCCAGCUAAGAUGUCUCAUUUACUACAGGCAGGGGAAAGGGUGAAAUGGGGCAGAGAGAAAGCGCUGAAGAGAGCGGCCGUGGUGUUGGCCGCUGCUUACUGGCUUAAAACCAUCUAUCCCAUUGUGUGCCGGAGAAUGCGACGGAAGGAGAGCGACAGCAGCCCGUACAAGCAGGCACCAUGCGACCCUUCUAAAGGCAGCCCCAAGCCCAGCUCCCCGGCCGUCAAUGCGGAAUUCUACAGGCAGCUGCUGGAGCUCCGGAGAAUCCUCUUCCCUAAGCUGCUCAGCAAGGAGCUGGGGCUGCUCUCCGUGCACUCACUCGCUCUCAUCUCCAGGACAUUUCUGUCAGUGUAUGUGGCAGGUCUGGACGGCAAAAUUGUGAAAAGCAUCGUGGAGAAGAAGCCGCGGAACUUCCUUAUGCAGCUGAUGAAAUGGCUUCUGAUUGCCAUCCCGGCCACCUUUGUGAAUAGCGCUAUUCGCUACCUGGAAGGCAAACUGGCGCUGGCUCUCCGCACCCGCCUAGUGGACCACGCCUACCGGACCUACUUUGCAGAUCAGACUUAUUACAAGAUUAUUAAUAUGGACAGCAGAUUGGCCAAUCCCGACCAGUCUCUGACUGAGGACAUUAUGAUGUUCUCCCAGUCUGUGGCACAUUUGUACUCCAACCUCACCAAACCCAUCCUGGACGUGGUACUGACAUCUUAUACCCUGAUUCAGACUGCUAGGUCCAGAGGAGCCAACCCCCUGGGGCCUACACUGCUAGCUGGCCUGGUGGUCUAUGCAACAGCCAAGGUGCUGAAGGCAUGCUCCCCAAAAUUCGGCAAACUGGUAGCUGAGGAAGCUCACAGGAAGGGCUACCUGCGCUAUGUGCACUCUAGAAUCAUAGCCAAUGUAGAAGAAAUUGCCUUUUAUCGAGGUCAUAAGGUAGAGAUGACAAAACUUCAGAAGAGUUAUAUGGCUUUGGCAGAUCAGAUCAAUCUUAUUUUAUCCAAACGUCUUUGGUAUGUCAUGAUAGAACAAUUCCUAAUGAAAUAUGUUUGGAGCGGCAGUGGGUUGGUUAUGGUUGCUGUUCCCAUCAUCACUGCAACCGGCUUUGCAGAUAGUGAUUUAGAAGAUGGACAGAAACAAGCCAUGGUGAGUGAACGAACUGAAGCUUUCACUACAGCCAGGAAUCUACUGGCUUCAGGAGCUGAUGCCAUUGAAAGAAUUAUGUCUUCAUACAAAGAGGUCACAGAAUUAGCUGGUUAUACAGCCAGGGUAUAUAAUAUGUUUUCAGUCUUUAAUGAAGUUAAAAAAGGAAUAUACAAGAGAUCUUUAAUCCAGGAAACAAAAAACAACAAAAAACACAAGGAGAAAACAGAACUUCACAUUGAUGGGCCAUUGGAAAUUAAAGGUAAAGUAGUUGAUGUUGACCAUGGAAUCAUUUGUGAGGAUGUUCCUAUAAUAACCCCAAAUGGAGAUGUUGUGGUUUCCAAGCUAAAUAUUAAGGUAGAGGAAGGAAUGCAUCUUCUAAUUACUGGACCCAAUGGCUGUGGAAAAAGUUCUCUCUUUAGAAUUUUAGGUGGCCUGUGGCCAGUCUAUGAAGGAGUUCUCUACAAACCUCCACCUCAGAAGAUGUUCUAUAUUCCACAAAGACCUUAUAUGUCCAUUGGAACUUUGAGGGAUCAAGUAAUUUAUCCUGACUUAUUGGAGGAUAUGCAUGAGAAAGGAUAUCAAGAUCAAGAUCUGGAACACAUACUUGACAUUGUUCAUCUAAACCACAUAGUACAAAGAGAAGGAGGAUGGGAUGCCUUUACAGACUGGAAAGAUGUUUUAUCAGGAGGUGAGAAGCAAAGGAUGGGAAUGGCAAGAAUGUUCUACCAUAGGCCACAAUAUGCAUUGCUUGAUGAAUGCACAAGUGCUGUGAGCAUAGAUGUAGAAGGAAAGAUAUUUCAAGCUGCAAAGGAUGCUGGAAUAAGCCUUUUGUCAAUAACCCAUCGACCAUCUCUUUGGAAAUAUCACACUCAUUUGUUGCAGUUUGAUGGAGAAGGAGGGUGGCGCUUUGAGCAACUGGAUACAGCUACACGUUUGUCGUUGAGUGAAGAAAAACAAAGGCUAGAAUCUCAACUUGCUGGAAUACCUAAAAUGCAGCAGAGACUGAAUGAACUGUGUCAAAUCCUAGGCGAAGAUUCAGUGCUUAAAACAAACCAGUCAGAGGAGUAGCUACUCAAUGAGUGCAGACAUUUACUAUCCUGUAAAAGGCUGCAGAUCAGGGAUGUCAAAGCUGCAGUCCUCUAGCAUACUGUAGGUGAACUUCAACUUCUAGAAUCUAAAAAGCUGCUUGCGAAGGAUACUGGGAGCUGAGGUUCACAAUUACUGGGGGGGAAGAUGUGCUGCUGCAACUAAAAUUUAUGCAGAAAAACGUGCCACAUGGAUUUGUUUCUACUGUUUAGCUAUAUUCUACAAUAUGCAGGAAUCUUUUAUUUAGAUACAUUAUGGUUCACAAAAUUCUCUACUCUAAAACCCAAAUUUUUUUGUGAUUUGGUACAAAUUCAAAAGGACUCCUUAUAUAUAAACAAACCAUCUAAACCUGGACACAAACUUAGUUUUAUUUUUGCAAUAA